UUAUAACAGCAAAGUAAACUAGCAAGCGAACUCACGCAGCCUAAAAGCAUGCUACACAUUUGUUUAGCAAGCCAUACUACAGUCAUGUCCAGCAAUAAGUUACACAGCUGCUUACUUUUGUUUGCUUCUAGUAAUUUUAGCAUCGCAUGUCAGCUUAAAAUUUCAGCUUGUCAACAUAUUCUGUGUUGCACAAUAAAUUAAAAGACAAUUAAAAAAUUCUCAGUGAAUAGGCUGUUUACUUGAAACAAUGUCAAAUUUAAUCCGUCGUUUGUUAAACUCGACCAAAGCCUUGGCCAAUUGGAAAUUUAUAAUAAAAAGCAACUUUAAUUUGGAAAAAAUAAUGAACGGCAAUAUGGAUUUAAAACUAGAGGAAUUACGUUUGCAGGAGCGUGCAGAGCUGCUGGCGCGCACUAAGCUGCUGGCCACAAAGCAGCGCUGCUUGGAAUCGACGCUAACAGAUUUGACGCGCAGCAUAAAGCAAAUGGAAUUUGAUAUACAACAAGCGGCGAAGGAAAAUCAGAUAGUAAGCGCAGCAGCAGCGACGUCAACGCCGCCGCCAGCAGCAGCAGCAGCUGAGAAAGCUGCAGAUCAGCAAAAAAUUCAACAGUGAGUGCCUGAGGUGAUUUUUUAUCAGCUCUGCCAAGCUUUGUAUAUUACCCAACGGUGCUUUACAAAUUCAACUACAACGACAACAAUAAGUAACGUAAAUAAACUGAGUAUGCCUAUAAAAACAACAGCAGCGUUUAUUCUAUUGUCAGUAGUGUAUCAAAAUCAAUAUGAAAUUCUACGCGCUUUGCACUUUACUAUUGCUGGCAUUUGUGGCGCUGGCGUUGCCCAGCAGCAGCUAUGCGGAGCCUUCGCGGGAUAGCGGCAGCAACAGUUGG